UUCGAUGACUCCUAAUAGUUAUCGCCAGAUGUACUAAUACACAACAAAUCACGGUCCGGGAGAGGGGGAGAGCAAAUGAGUUCCUAUUUUGUGAAUCCCACUUUCCCGGGGAGCCUGCCCGGGGGCCAGGACUCCUUCCUCGGGCAGAUCCCCCUGUACCCGACGGGCUAUGAUGCUCUCAGGCAUUUUCCGGCUUCGUACGGGGCAAGCAGCCUGCAGGACAAGACUUACACCUCACCUUGUUUCUACCAACAGUCCAACACCGUCAUUGCUUGCAGUCGGGCUUCCUAUGAGUACGGAGCCUCUUGUUUUUAUUCGGACAAGGACAUUAGUAGCGCCUCUCCUUCCGGCAGUGGCAAACAGAGGGGGCCCGGGGACUACCUGCACUUUUCUCCCGAUCAACAAUACAAAACCAGCGGCGGCCAAGCCAAAAUUAUAAAUGACGAAGGCACCGACCGGAAGUACACGAGCCCUGUUUACCCCUGGAUGCAGCGGAUGAACUCCUGCGCUGGUACAGUAUAUGGAACACAUGGGAGACGAGGGAGGCAAACUUACACCAGAUACCAAACGCUAGAGUUAGAGAAGGAAUUUCAUUUUAACAGAUACUUAACCCGAAGACGACGUAUUGAGAUUGCAAACGCUCUCUGCCUUACUGAACGCCAGAUUAAAAUAUGGUUUCAAAACAGGCGGAUGAAAUGGAAAAAGGAAAACAAAUUCAUAAAUUCCACACAGCCCAGCAGCGAAGAAACAGAGGAAAAGUCAGGGGAGUAGAACCACGUUUAAUAAACGCUACCAGGCCUUUCCUUAGCGCUUACUACUACUAUUAUUAUUAUUAUUAUUUACCUUGUGUUCCUUCUGCUACUGAAAUCCUAUAGGUUUGUCACAGUCUAUUAAUCCCCAAAAGGCUUGGUUAAAAGAUGUAUAUUUGCAAUCAUCUGUGACUUACCCUAA